GGCUCCGCCUCCCCGCCGGACUCCGGCCCCGGCCCCGGCCCGGCCUCCGCGCCCGAGCCUGCGGCGUGCGCGCCGGCUGCCUGUGGCCGCGCCUGGUGGGCUGCGCGCGCGCGGGUCUGAGGGCGACUCGGAGGCCCGGCUGAGGCCGAGCUGGCCCGGCAGGCACUGCGCGGGCAACAUGGCGGCGCCCAGCGAACGGGGGCGCUUCGGAGCCGGGAACCUCUUCUCCUUCCUGCCCGGCGGCGCGCGCUCCGAAGCCAUGGAGGACCUGGUGACGGAUGCGCGCGGCCGGGGCGCGGGACGGAGAGACUCCGCCGCCGCCGCGGCCCCUUCUCCAACCCUGGCACCGACCCCCGAGCCUCAGGUCUCCGAGGACAGUUCCCGGAGGCGGCACUGCCGGGCCUGCGUGGACUUCAAGUCGUGGAUGCGGACGCAGCAGAAGCGGGGCAGCAAAUUUAGGGAAGACUGUCCUCAGGAUCGUGAGGAACUGGGCCGCCACAGCUGGGCCGUCCUACACACCCUGGCCGCCUACUACCCCGACCUGCCCACCCCAGAACAGCAGCAAGACAUGGCCCAACUCAUACAUUUAUUUUCCAAAUUUUACCCAUGUGAGGAGUGUGCAGAAGACAUAAGGAAGCGGAUAUAUAGGGACCAGCCUGACACGCGCACACGGGCAUCUUUCACCCAGUGGCUGUGCCGCCUGCACAACGAGGUGAACCGAAAGCUAGGCAAGCCGGACUUCGACUGCUCUAAAGUGGAUGAGCGCUGGCGUGAUGGUUGGAAGGACGGCUCCUGCGACUAGAGGGCGGCCAGCUAGAGCCCAUGGGGGCUGCCUGGCUAGGGAGGGGCAGGGCAAUCAUUAAAGUGCAUCGUAGCACUCUUUAAAGUGGCAGAGCCAGAGCCUGUUGUGUUUCAGUUGGGUGUUCCCCAGCCACGUCCCAUGGGGCCCUUUCCUUCUCAGGGUGCUUGCUGAUGGCACCCUGAUGGCCUCCUCCUCGGCUGAGGUCCUGUGGGGCUGCAGGUGAAGGAGUAGGACAGCCUAGGCUGUCCCCUCCCCCCUCUUUAAUAAGUUUUUAUUGAUUUUUAGAGGAUAGAGAGAUAAAAACAUGGAAACGUCCAUCAGCUGCCUCCUGCACGCCCCCUACUGGGGAUUGAGCCUGCAACCAGGAUGUGCCCUGGCCAGGAAUCAACUGGUGACCUCUUGGUUCAUGGUUGAUGUUCAACCACUGAGCGACACUGGCCAGGCUAGGCUGUCCCUUUUUUCAGGAUGUGGCCUCCUGCCCAUCUCACACCCUGGUGCCCACUUCCCCACACAGGAAGGUGAUAGGCUUGGCUGGACUCUUCUGUCCCACAAAAUCCUUGAGAUCAGGCCAUUGUCUCCCCACUGUGGCUAGAGACAGCCGCAGGGCCUGUAGCCUCAGAGGCUGUGUGCUGUUGGUCCCUCAGGAAAGAGGCCUGAGGCUAAGCUUUCCACCCUGCUCAGUGCCUACAGGGAGGGAAAGUGCAGGCAUGGCUCUCCUCUGAGGGUCAGCGACACCAGCUCCUUUUCUGCUCAGCACAUGGCCUUCCAUAGCAGUACCAGGCUCCUUGGGGUCAGCUUCCUUGGAACUCGAGACA